ACUGUCACUGCCUAGAGAAGCGCCCGCUCGCCAUUUAAGGGGGCCCAGUCCGCAAUUUACACCACGUCUGCCCAAAGUCCAAGAACCUCCCGACGAGUGAAGAGCGAGGGUUUGGUGGCGUUUUGGGUGAGAGCUCGACAAUGUGCGGCGGAGCCGUCCUCGCCGACUUCGUCCCCGCCGGCGCCCUCCGCCCGGCAGGAAGUCCACCGGCACCGCCUCAGAAUCCGGCUGCACCUCCAACCUCUCCGGCGACGAGGUACCGCGGCAUCCGGCGCCGGCCCUGGGGCCGCUGGGCGGCGGAGAUCCGGGACCCCAGGAAGGGCGCGCGCGUCUGGCUCGGCACCUACGCCACGCCCGAGGACGCCGCGCGCGCCUACGACGUAGCCGCGCGCGAGAUCCGCGGCGCCAAGGCCAAGCUCAACUUCCCGCCCGCCGUGGGAGGCGGCGCGUCGGCAGCCAAGAAGCAGCGCCGCAGGGCCGCGGCGGCCGAGAGCUCGGGGUCAUCUCCGACCGCGGCCGUCGUAGAUGGAGGUGACGGUGGCAGUGGCAGCGGAGAGGAGAGGCUGCGGGGGUGCAUGUCCGAGCUGGAGGCGUUCCUGGGGCUGGAGGACGUCGCGGGCGUAGGCGGCGGCGAGGAGGGCGAUGGCUUCGAGCCCUGGGACGCCGGCGACCUCAUGUUCGCGUAGGCGCGCGUACGUGCCGUAGUGCCGUCGAUAUGGACGGCCGCCGCGGUUGCAGUUGCAGGCUUGCCACCGUUGUUUUGGAGCAAUCUUUCUGCAACCCUCCUGUUGGCUGCUUUUGCGUGGUGUUACUACUAGCCUUCACCGAUUUAUGCAUGUACCGGGAUGAGUUUAAUUAUCUUGUCGAUAAAUAAAUUAACUCCUUCCUAUGCUG